UAACUCUUUCGUAAAGCAGUACAUUGCUGGCGUGACAAACGGGUAGUGUGGGAUUAUGGAAGUAAAACCAACGGAGAGCGUAUAGCUGCUACGUAUGUGUAACCAGACAGGUCAUUUUAAAGAUGGUGAAGAUUCUUGUGGUGUAUUUCUCAAUAUUUAGUGUGUCACUAAGUCAUGAUCCAUUUUUCCUGCUGUCGGGCCCCCCUAGUAAUGUUAUAUACAAACUGGACAAAAGGACAAAGACUUACACCGACAUCCCCAUUGUACACCGGCAACCUUCAUCAGUAAAGUAUGACAGAACCACUGGACGGAUAUUCUUUGGUACCGUCGACGAGAAAUAUGUCUACAGUGUCAAAAUGGACGGCUCAGAUUCAAAAGAGGAAGCUGUUUCAGAUGUGUAUGCACAAGCGAUGGCAAUGGACGACAUCAUGCGGUUUCUGUUCGUAUACUCUAGUGGUCAGUCGUCCAGUAUUAAGCGGGUACAACUAGAUGCGACUGAUCCGUCCAAGUGGUACACUCUGGUACUCGACAACCCCAACCAAAAUAUAACACAUAUGACUGCUGACCCGGCAACGAGGACAUUAUUUAUGGGAUCAGACAUAGGCGUGUGUACGUGCAACUACAAUGGGACAGAAUCAGUACGGAUUCUCAACAGUACAGCGAGCAGUAACGGAAUCACAUUUGAUGACACCUAUAUAUGCAAUACGAGGAAAUGUCAUUUGGAGGAUAAAGAGGUCUAACAAUGAAGUGGAACAACUAUUUACCAUAUCUACCAAACCUAAUCAAACGGUCCAGGGUCUGGCCGCAGUCGAUGGUCACCUUUUCUUCGCCCUUAACUACUGUGAGCAAGGUCAAGCAUCACAAUAUUGUGAUACGUAUAUCUAUCGAAUGCUGACGGACGGUACUCAGUAUGAAGUGUUUAGUGCGUUGAUCAGGACGCCUUACUGCGCCAUGCUGAAACUUCUGUACGUUAAACCCUUACAGCGAAACGAAUCAACCACUACACCAUGUCCAGAAGAUAAUAGUGGCACCUGUAUCCAUGUUGUCGACGAUAAUUUCAGAAACGACUCUUCAGCUUCCAACAAUACAUUGGCGCUGUGUCUUAUCCUAAUACCAAUGGCUUUGUUUCUGUCUGCUAUAGUAUUAUUUUUCUGCUGGAAAAAGAUGGCAAAGCCCCAGCUGUGUAGCGAAGGCGAUGAUGCAGUAAAUGAGACUCUACACAGUGGGCAGUACCUUGAGCUGAGGGAAGAUGAGAAGUUUUGAUAGAGUGGAUCACGACUUGUAAUUAAUGUGUCUUGUCUACAAACCUUAGAAAGAACAAUUGUUUUAACGGUAUGGAUAAAAAAAAAAUUCUAGACCGGCGUGUGUGGAAGAAAGAGGAUUUCAGUGGUGUAGACGACAUAUUUCUUAAUAGACGACAGAUCAUAUUUUUGUUUUUGUUAUUAAACAGGAGGAUUAUUAACGUAGUUCGUAAGCUAAACUGUGAUAAUCUUAACGGAGAGAGAGAGAGAGAGAGAGAGAGAGAGAGAGAGAGAGAGAGAGAGAGAGAGAGAGGGGGGGGAUUGUUUACAUUGAACAAGCUAUCGGAGAUUAAGAUCAAAUAAACCUAUUUAUAAAUG